UGAUAAAUCGUGAUAAAUGCUAAAUUGGCAUAAUUCCUAUAUUUUUGUGAAAGCAAAUGACGUAUUAACUAAUCAUAAUUACAGUUCCGAUAGUCAUAGUCUCCCCAAUUGCAACAUGGAUUACUACCAACUCCUGUUCGCCGUUGGUGCCAUUUUUCUCGCCCUCUAUUACUACUACACCUCGGUCUACAACUAUUGGAAAAACCGUGGUAUACCCGGGCCAAAACCAUCGAUGUUGACUGGAAACAUUAUGGGGCCCCUUACUCCGAAAACGUGCCUGGCCAUAGCUGUGAAAAAGUGGUACGACGAGUUCAAAAACGAGCCAUUCUUUGGAAUAUACGAAGGACAGACACCGGUGCUCGUGGUCAACGACCUUGAACUGGUCAGAGAUGUGUUCAUCAGGGACUUUUCCGUGUUCAUGGACCGAGGAACUAAAAUAUUCGACGAGAUAGAGCCGCUAACGCAACACCUUGCCUUCUUGGAGCCAAAGAGAUGGAAACCGUUGAGACCGAAACUGUCGCCGGUGUUCACGUCCGGCAAGAUGAAAGAGAUGUUUCCCCUAAUCGCGGAAUGCACGGGAAAUUUGGAGAAUCUUCUGGACAAAGUAGCGAACAGCGGGGAGCCAGUGGACUGUCGCGAUAUGACGGUGAAAUUCACGAUCGACGUGAUCGGUAGCUGCGCGUUUGGGAUCCACACGAAUGCACUGGCGGACGAGAACAGUGAAUUCCAUGCGAUGGGGACGAAAAUGUUCAAUCUGAGCUUGAAACAAAUAGUUCGCGAGUCUUGCAAGCAGUAUGCCCCGUCGUUGUUCAAAGUGAUCGGCAGUUACCUCCGAACGAAGGAAAUCGACGACUUUUUCAUCAAUCUGGUACGCAACACGAUGAACUAUAGAGAGGAGAACAACGUGUUUAGGCCAGACAUAAUUCACAUGCUCAUGGAACUGAAGAAACAUCCAGAGAAAAUAGAGAACAUUGAACUGACCGACUCACUGCUCACCGCGCAGGCGUUUGUGUUUUUCGUGGCUGGAUUCCACACCUCCUCGUUGACGAUGGGACACGCUCUGUACGAAUUGGCGCAGCACCAGGACAUACAGGACAAAGUACGACAAGAAAUUAGAAAUGUGCACAAGUCCGGUGGAACGUUGAAUUACGAAAGUGUAAAAGAAAUGAAAUAUCUGGAGAAGGUGUUCAAUGAAACGCUGAGAAAGUAUCCAAUAGUGCCAAGAUUAACGAGAGUAGCAAUGGAAGAUUAUACGUUUAAGGGUACAAAGCUUACUAUAUCAAAGGGAACAAAAGUACUGAUACCGGUAUAUGGAUUUCAUUACGACUCAAAUAUAUAUCCAGAUCCUGAGAAAUUCGAUCCAGAAAGAUUCAACGAGGAAGCUGUUGCUGCGAGACAUCCCAUGACUCAUCUACCUUUUGGCAGUGGGCCGAGAAACUGCAUCGGUGCCCGUUUCGCACGCUAUCAAAGUAAGGUUGGUCUCGCAACGAUUCUUCGCAAUCACAAAGUCGACGUUUGCGAGAAAACUAUGAUCCCUUACGAACUUGAUCCGCGAUCACCUAUUUUGAUACCGAAAAGAAGUAUACAUUUGAAAUUAAGCAAAGUGGCGAAUUGAUAUGAUCACUUUCACCUAAAAAAUCAUACCUAAUCACUAUCGAGAAGGCUGUAAUGUGCAAAAUAAAAUACUUUUAAUUUCAGUAA